AUGAGUACUGACGGUGCAAGCGUCAUGGUCAAAGUAGGUAAGCUAAUGAAGUGCUAUCAGCAACAUGGGUUACAAGUGUGCGUGGUCGAUGUUUUAUAUAAAAAGAGAGAAGACGAAGUAAGAACGCCAGCAACAUCUAAUGAAUCAGAUACAGAUGACGAAGGCACAACAAAUGAUUCUUUAGACGAACAAGGAGUUACAGUAACAAUAACGGAUCUUUCUAGGGCUAAAAAUAAGAUGUGGCAUUACACUGUAUUACUGUUAGUUGCUUCAUGCACGAUCAUCCUUGCAGCACCCCAAUAUGUACCACAGAGGGUAGUUUACACCAAUGAAGCUCCAACCCCAUACCAAUACGAGUACAAAGUAGAUAGUCCAUCAUCGAGCACGUACUAUGGAAAAAGUGAAGCGGGGGAUGUUACUGGAAGAGUCACAGGAACGUACUACGUUCUAUUGCCAGAUGGCAGGCUGAUGACUGUUGAUUAUUUUGUAGAUGGAGAUUCUGGAUUUGUGCCAACAGUGACGUUUUCGAACCAACAACGCAGUGGAUAA